AUGGACGUGACGCACCCCGCGUCGGUGCCGGAGGAGGAGAUCUCGCGGCGGCUGGAAGAGUACCCGUUCCGCGAGGCGAGACGUCUGCUUGAGAGUUGUAGGUCUUCUGAUGAGGGUAUAGAUUUGUUGGUGGAAGCAGUUGAUUGGAUUCGUCGUGCGCGUUCUGCGGGUUCAGAUCCUAUUUUGAUUGCCGAGAUGGAGGAGUUUUUUGAGCGCCUGAUCUUGGAUUCGGUUUCUAUGAUUUCUUUACUGCACAUUGCUGUGGAUGGAUUGAAGGUCGCGAAGCAGCUGCAUGGCCGGCGUGAGUUGGAUCUUCUUGAUGAGUUGGAAGAGCGGGCGACGGAGUACACCGACAUGCUGGAGAAGAUGGAGGAAAUGGUUGUUCUGCUGGAGGAGGCCCGUCAGGCGGAGGUGAGUGCGCGUAACCGCCUCUUUGCGCAGGAGGAGGCGCUGAUGGAGCUGCAGCGCUGCCGGGAUGAGGAGCAGCGUGAGCGCGACGGGCUGCGGCAUGUGCAGCGCAAUCUUGCGGCGGCGGCGGCGCAGCAGAAUCGGGAUGAUGCGGAGGAGGAAGCCGCCUUGCUAGGCGAGGAGCCGCAGUUGGAGGAGCUCCAGCAGCGGCUCCGCGGCCUCGAGGAGGAGAACAACGCGCUGAAGGAAGAGAUGACGCGGAGGUCUGUGAGCCACAAGGAGGCGAUGGAGAGUCUUAACAAUAAGAUUGCCGCGCUGAUGGUCGAGCUGGAGGUCAAGGGACUGGAAUACACCGACACACUCGGCAAGCUGGAGGAGUUCGUCGGCCUCCUCGAGGGGGCGCGGCAGGCGGAAAAGGCGGCGCUCCUCACGUUGGAGAGGCGCGAGCAAGAGCUCUUCGACCUGCAGGCUGCUCACGACGAGGAGAUGCAGGAGCUCGAGUCUGCCAUGCGGCAGCUCGAGUCAGCCGUAGAGACGAUGCAGGACGAUAGACACCAACCCACCGUGGCACCGUCGUCAAUAACGGCGGUAGAAACCGUAGAGGCUGGCGACCCACACGACGACAACAACAGCACAGAGGUGCUGUACUCCAUGCGGCAGCAACUAGAGCGAUUGAAACGGGAGAAGGAGGCGCUCGUGGUAGAGCUUGAGGUUAAGGGCCGGCAGCACGACGACGCGAUGGAUGUGCUGAACCGCAACAUUGGCGACCUGAUGGGUGAGCUCGACUCUCGGAUACGCGGCUGCCAAGUCUCGGCGACCAGCGCAAAGGAGUUGCUGCGCGAGAUCUCGCUUCUGCGCACCGCCGAGGAGGAGGCGGAGGAGGACAGCGAGGAGGGUGAGCGCGAGGAUCCGUGA